UAUUGAAUUAUUUAAAAUGCUAUGGACAGGGCACGUCAACGAAAAAUUUUUAACACACGGAAAACUUCGGAUUUAGGUUCAAAAUAUUAUGAAAUAUCGGACUCAUUAGGAGUGCGAAGCCAUAAAGAAUUAUAUAUUUACGAAUUUGACAUCCACUUAUCAAAAAUCAGAACAAGUGAUAAAUUUAAUUUGUGUACAUUGAACAAGUUAUCAGAUUGGUGGAAGAGAAAAUCAGAACAUUUACUUUUGUUUUUGUAUUAGGGCAAGACAAAAAUGUUAUGGAGAACAAUUCCACUCAAUGUAUCAAGCCAGUUUGGCAAAAUUGUAUCCACUGUCCAAGACUGGUUUUCACUACAGCAACGGAAUUUGAAAGACAUAUCCUAGAAAAGCACAGUAUCAGAGAAGGUUCGUUAAUUUUGUGCCAAUAUGGACAAAAUGGAAUGUGUUCAUCUUUGCAAUUUGGAGAUCUACGUAAAGCUGGUUUUAAAUAUCAUAUCAGGGAAUACCACAGUUAUGUAAAGAGUCCCACAGAUGAUUGGACCUUUUAUUCUUCCUCACAAAACCUCCCAGCAGUAUUAAAUGAUCCCAAUAGAGGUAAGCAGAGUCAUUUUUUUACCAAGACAUGGGGUGACAGUUUUAUAGAGAAGGUAGAAAUAUACCCUAGCCCUUAUUUGCCAGAUAUAAGUCUAGCUCACUUUGAAACCUAUUGCAAAAAAUUUAGUAAGAAAUAUAGAAGGCAUUGCAGACUUAAAGAAAAUGUGCCUGUAAAAACAAAAACCACAAUAGUUGAAAAUGACUGUGAAAUACCAGAUAUAUUUUAUGAACAGGCAUUACCCUUGAAAGAUCCAAAUGUAUUUAGUAAAGUAUUUCCUGGGCUAUCAAACUCUGAUAAUACAAGCAGUGAUAUAAGAUCAUUACAAGAAACGUUAAGCACAUACCUUGAUGUCAUUGAGAUGAAAAUAUCAAAGCAAGUAGCUCAAAAGUCAGAUGCAUUUUUCCAUGCCAUGCUGUCACAUGAUACCAUUAUGGAACAAAUGGCACGGGCAGUGAACAUGGUUAGAAAAACUAGAAACAAUAUAAAGAAUGUGAAGGAUAAUUUAACAGAGAGCCCAUUGAAACUAAUAAGUUUAACAAGAAUUAACCAAAACCUUGGUCAUGUACAUGAGUUAUUAAAAUUAAUAAGUACAGUGCAGCAAACACAACCAAUGAUACAAUUAUUGCUAAGUACAUCUGAUUAUGUAGCAGCACUUGAUCUAAUUAGCUCAACUCAAAAAGUAUUGUCAACUCGUCUUUCCGGUAUUCAAGCAUUUCGUCAUCUUUCACCACAACUAACUGAAAUGAAAAGAUUAAUUCACAAAAUGUUAAGUAAUGAAUUUGUUAGGUUUGUAGUGUCAGACUUGAAUAGACCUCUCCAUGAUCAGACAGAAAUACCUGAGAAAGAUAAAAUUGUAUGCAUUGUGUCUGGCAUACUUCGUCUUAAGGAAUUUGAUUUUAUUGACACAUUAAAAAUUGAAUCAAUGACUUCAAUUCAAGCUGCUAUUAAACAAUCCGUCAUAGAAGUCAUUUCAGAAAGAGAUGGUAGUACUGAAAUUGUUUUAAGAGGGUCCAGUGCAGAUAACACUAUGUUAUUACAUUAUGAAGGUAUAACAUUUCUUCAAAAAGUCACCCCAAAUUUGAUGAAUUUAUUUAAAAGGAUAUUAUCAUUAACUAAUUUAAUAACAGAAAUUUGUCAAAUGGAAGAUGUAACAGGAAGUGACAGUGAAGAGAUGUCUCAAGAGGAACUUAUAUCAAUGGAAGAAAAGAUGAAGAAAAUGAUAGUUGCACUUUCAGAUUACUGUAACGAACGGUGUGCUAACCUUAUAGUAGCUAAAACUGAUAAAGAUCUUAUACUAUCAGAUAUGUCCCAUUUGUCUGCAUUAUCUAAAUUGAUAGAAGAUUUCUGUAAUCAAUGUGAAAGCAUAACAGGACACUACAGUAAUGCAAUGAAGUUGGCAUUAAGAAGCUUUGCAAUGAAAUAUAUCCAAAGCUUACACACACAACGAAGGUCACAACUUACAGCAUCUCUGAAUAUUGAGAGGUGGAAGACAGUUGAUGUCCCAUAUGAACUACAAAGUGUAAUAUCUAAAAUAUGUGAAAAAGGUGAAAUACCAAAUGUACUUCAUUAUGAAGUGGGAAAACCGGACGGAAAAUUCUUAAUAAUUAACAAGGAAAGCUAUGCAGUAGUAUCUACAGUACAACUUUUAAUAAAAAUUUUACUUGAAUAUUGUGAUGCGACAAAACAAUCACCAGUUAUCGUUCAAUAUUUAGUACAUUGUAUGUUGGAGCUAAUUCGAUUAUUUAAUUCUCGGUGUUGCCAACUAGUAUUGGGUGCAGGUGCCAUCCAAAGUGCUGGGUUAAAAACUAUCUCAACAUCAAACCUUGCAUUAGUAUCGAGAUCGCUGCAAGUUAUUUUAUGGUUCCUACCAUUGUUGACAAAAUUGUUGGAAAAAAAUCAUUCUAAGGAAUUAUCGCUAAAUGGUUUUGGUAGUAUAGAAUGUGAUAUAAUUAGUCAUAAGCAAGAAAUAGAAAAUAAGAUUUGUGUCAUAGUAAGCAACAUGAUAUGUUCUCAAUUAACUGGAUGGGAUGCCAAACCUCCUGUACCCUCUCAAACAUUCCGUAAUAUAUCUAAGCAUCUAGUUAAAUUACAUGAAGCCCUUAUUGAUAUACUACCUGCAGAACAAAUACGAACUAUUUAUAAAAAAGUACAUGAUAAUUUCAAAGACAAGUUAAGAGAGCAAUUAAACAAAAUGAAUAUUAUAGCAAAUGGUAGUCCUCAACAUGGCGUAGUAACUUCAGAAUUAACUUUCUAUUUGCAAACACUUAAAACACUGAGAGUUAUAAGUGAAAACGACACAGAAGACGAUAUUUUGUAUGAUAUAUGGAUAAACCAAGCCUAAUUCUUAUUGCAAUGAUUCAUUUUCCUUGGUUUCAUAUUUCAUUUGUAUGGUGUCAUAAUGACCUAAUUACUUAUAUUUUAUUUGUUUGCUAACCAGUGUAUGUACAUUACUUAUUCUAAUGUGUAAUUAAAAUGUGUAAUAAAACUAUUUAUUUAUAUUGGAUAUGAUGAGUCAUAAGUUCUAAUCCUACUGAAGUUAUUUGAAUGUUUAAAAAUGUUGAACCUAUCUAAGUAUCAAUAAUUUACAGUGUACUCUCACAUUAGUAUACCAAAUGUUGCUUUUAAUGAAUAAAUAAUUAUUAUACUGAUUUAAAUAAGUUCCAUUACUACUACUCACUGGUUUGUUUUUGCGCCUUCAUUUAUAUAUCACCAGGUGACGCUUGUGAAAUCAUUGAAAAACGUUUCCUAUUGAUUAUGUAGUCAUAAUAUGCUAAGGAUCUGUUUCACAAUUUUCAAGUAUUUUGUUUUGUAUUGAACAGUUAAUGUAGAUAGUAUGUACUAAUUUUAUUACCAUUUAUUUGGAAACAGAUUAGUCCCACUUUUGUAUUUGGUCAGCUUACACAUGUGGGAUGAGCUUUUGCUCAGAAGUUGUGAAGCCCUAAACAGGCAAACUGGGCUUAAAUAAUUUGAAUAUUAUUUUAAUAACUAAGUAGAAUUUGAUUCGCCAAUGCAACUAAUUGAAAAUGAGUGUUACCCAACCUACACAAUUUGAUCGCAUUCGUGAAGCAAUACCACAUAUUUUGUAUUUUGCCGCAUUAAUGUAGCGCUCAUUUUAACACACUAAAAUCGCAAAUGCGUGCGCUGCAGUCAACACGACGUAUUAGAAAGACUACUUAAUUCAAAGAACGCUUAAUUAAAUGUGUAUUGAGCAAACCAUAAUACAUAUUAUCUAAUUUAGGAUCUAAUUCUAAAAAAUUGGCUACAUAACAUGGACACAGGUAAUUUGCCUAGAAAUAAAGAUUUAUGAUAGGUAAAAUUCAA